GAAGUACUGAAGUGAAGCAUUGGUUCUUGCUUGGUUGUGGUUGUACCGGACUGGUAGUAUUAUUAUUACUGUGUACUGUUGUACUAAUUUGAUUGACUGAGACUGAACACGUUGUCGAAAAUUUUAAAAAAGUUUUAGAAAAUGUCAGCGCCAAUUAAGAAACGUGCUCUUCACAUUGAAGGGAACGCUAGCGAGGAAGGAUCUAGUAGUGACGAAGUUUCUGACACUGAAGAUGUGCAAGAAUACACUGGACAAGAGGAAAUCCAAGUCGAGUUUGAGGGGAGGAGUCCAAUUGAUUCUGAUUUCCAUGGAAUUAAACAGCUUUUGCACCAACUUUUUUUGAAGGCUCAUAUUAAUCUAUCUGAGCUAACUGAUCUAAUUAUCUCGCAAAACUAUGUUGGAAGUGUAGUUAAGCAAAGUGACGUUGACGAGGAGAGUGAUGAUGAGGAUGAUGAUAAUUCUGCUAAUGAAGUAUUUGGAAUCACAACAGUGGUUAACCUCACAGACAAACAGAACCUGGAGUGUGUACAGCAGUUGCGUCAGUUGUUGGUGGACUUGUGUCGGGAACACGGCACUGACCAGAGCAAUGCUGUUGUCAGUUCAUUGCUGUCCAAUGAUGCCAGACCUGUCGGUCUUCUGAUCAACGAACGGUUCAUCAACAUCCCAGCUCAAAUCUCCGUGCCAUUGUUAGAGAGCUUAAGCAAGGAAAUGAAGAAAGCCAAAGAAAAAAAUCUGGCUUUUGACUUCACAUAUUUUAUUGUGAUAUGCAAGCUAUAUAAAAUGGAUACCGAAUCUACCAAGAAAAAGAAGAGUGGGAAGAAUAAACCACCAGUGACCCAGGAAAAUGAAGUAUUAUGGUCCAAUCCAGAAGAAGAGCUCUUUGACCAGGAGGCAGAUUGCAGGUUUGAGUUCUGUGUGAAGGGUGAGACUGACUCGGGGCUGAGUGGACAGUGGUUGGAAGACGACACAGCCAUGACACCUUACAGACGGAUACUCAUCCUCAACGCAUCCAAGCUAGAUCAGCUCAUACAGAGAGUCAAGGAAUAUGUUACUGGCUAGCCAAACUAAUGUGGUGUGAAAUACCAAAGUAUACAAAAUAUGUCAUUUGCUAACUCUUAAUUUACUUUCCACUCAGUCAGCCUGUCGGGGUCGCAACACCAACUUUGUGUGGUAUUUACAUUCUAUAGUAAGUAUAAGCUUUGCUAUUACAGUACAAUUCCAAUUGGGACCGUACCACAUUUGAAAGGUUUGGCUAUUUCACUUUUUUUUACAUGUCUGCGAAGAUUUUGUGUAUGAAAACAGUUUUGUCGUGGUCAAGUAAAACGAUGAAGUCUACACGACCAUGGGAAAUGUUCAGGAUUUUGCCGUGAUGACAUCUUCUGCCUUCUUUAAUAGCAAUUGUCUUCUCAUUACUGUAGUUGUAGUUUUAAAAUUCUUUCCUUAGGCAAUUAUUAGGAUGGUUGGAGUUCUAUUGUACGUGCAUUACCCUAAUUAACAUCAUAGUUUUCUCAUGGCAAUCUAGUUCGCCAGCUUUUUGGUUUGUUGUAAUAAUAUUAUUAUCUAACAGCAUAAACCUACUAAAUUCAAUUUUAUUAGUGACAUACUAUGCGAAUAUACCAUUUUCAAAAUUCCUUAAUUCUUUACAAGCAAGUCAUAAAGGCCUCAGUAGCUACAUAAUAUGUUUUGAACCCCAGACUGUAGAAAAGAUUUCCUAGACUCCAACAAGUUGACUGAUAAUUUUUUUAAAAUUUGGAUUUAGGCCUAGUGUUGUUUUACAGUGGUUUAGUCGUAAAUUUUCUAAUGUGGGAACUUGACCAUUUUCACGGAAAAAUACAGGUCACUUAACAAUACCGAAAAAAUCAGUUUAACGAUAAAGUGUAUAAUAAAUCAAUACUAUUUAUAGGGCCUAUUAUAAUUUUAUUGAACCUGAAUUUACACUACACAAAGGCUGUAAUGUAAAUGUAAAAGAAUUGUUCAAAAUGCUUUCCACUAACUUAAUUGCAGUUUUCAGUGUUUUUUUUUUUCAAUUGUAACAAUCUUUUUGCAUAGAUUUUUAUUUUUGUUUAAGGCUUCAAAUUCUCUGGCGAUGGCUGCUCUCAAUUGCAGAACAUCUAGGGGCCGUUUGGCAAAAACUUUAUUUUUAAUAAUCCCCGAACAGAAAAGUCAAAUGGUGUAAGAUCGCAGGACCUUGGGGGCCAAUCAAUUCGCAAGAGAAUUUGAAGCCUUAAGCAACGAUAAAAAUCUAUGCAAAAAGAUUGAUGCAAGUGUGAAAAAACGCUGUGAAAAAUUCAUUGAAGUUAGUGGAAAUCAUUUGGAACAAUUCUUUUAAGUCUACUUUACAAAUUAUGUGCAGUGUAAAUUCAGUUUCAAUAAAAUUAUAAUAUAAAUAAAAUGGAUUUAGAAUUUGCUUCAAACAAAUACACUUACUCGGUAAACUGAUCUUUUUUUGAACGCCAUUCUCACGUGUUUCUGUACCACUACACCACUGUUGUUUAAAAGCAAAUUUUUUUUUAUAUUUCUUACUAUUAUACUUACGCUGAAACACUAAUAUAGAAAUUAUAAAGAAAAUAAGCGAUUUGUCAUAAAUUUUAUGUAAAGCAGUACAUACACCUUUUUGUAGGGUGUCAUUUUGUAUUUUUUAAUUUGAAUUUUUUUUUUGCCAAAUGGUAUUUGGUAAAAACAGUAUAUUAAGAGACAAGAUUCAGCCCAUAUUGUACUAAGGAUAUCAAAGGUUUUAUUUUAUUUUUAGUGACAUCUGUUUUUUGUUAUUCAUUGUACGUUUUUAGCUUUAUUGAGUGGUGCUCUUAAAUCAAACUAGGUUUUGAUUUGUUGAACUUUGUUUAACUUAACACUAUUUAUUGAGGAUUAGCAUUUUGUUACAAAUAUAACAUUCAUUGCUAUUGUCUCUUAAGGAAGACUAAAUAUUUCAUUUACCUACCUAACCUUGCUUAUUUCCCAAGCAAAACUUCCAUUCAAACAGAUUAUUGGGGGGACUCGUGCCUGAAUUCUGUUCGGUUGGAAGCGUAAAGGCAUAUUUCCCAUACAUGUUUCCUUACCUAAAAACUGCUGUGAGAUUUGCCCUUAGCUCAAGGCUUGCAACAUGUUCAAGAGACUUGUUCAGAUGAAAACAUAAUUUAAUAGUGCUUUUGUGGUUCAUUUUGCUAAGGUAAUUAAUGUUUUUUAUAUCUACUCACACAUACCGAUAUUAACUUUUUUAAACAUUUUAACAUCAAGUUGCUUCAAUAAAGAAAUUAACUAAUCUUGCACAUUAGUUAAUUUCUUUAUUGUAAGCAUCUUGGAUCUUGAUCUUGUUCUUGCACAACUUGAAUGUAGAAAUAAAAUUUGAUUCGGAAAAGCUGUUGAAAAUGUAGCUUUAAAAUAAGAGUUAUGCAAGUUGCCUGUUAAAAAACAUAUAAUUAAUUUUAAAAUUUCUGUGGCUAAUUGAAUAAAAUAUAAAAAUAUCAAUAAAUUUAGUUUAGUUGUUACUUUGUCAGAGCAAAAUUAGAUAUAAGUGAAAUUAUAGGUUAGGUAUAAGUACAAUAUCUGAGGUUCACAAAAUAUUAACAAACCAACAUAGUACAUUGUUGGAAUUACUUCAAAAAUAAAAAUAAAGUUUUCCUCGUGCAAGAUCUUAGCUAGAUUUCAACACUUUGUUGUAAUAACUUCACUGGGAUACUGUUUUAUUUUAUAUUAAUAAAUAAAUAUAAAAUAAAUACAGUGGUUUUAUUGGUCUCAUCAUCAAAACAGAAGUUUCUGGAUUUGAAUUACUAUUGUGAAGAACUUGGUAAUACUAGUAAACUACAAGGAAAUGGCUUACUUUAUUUAAGUUUUUGUAAAUGUGGCUUUGUUGUUUGAUUUGAAAAAAAUGUGAUUUUAAAUACAUUUUGUACAUUGCUAA